AUGCAGCGCAACAAUGGCGAAGGGGGCUCGGAGUGUCGGUACGCGACGCGGACUUCGUGCCUCGCACUAAUUGGCGUCGUGUUUCCCCCCCCCCCCCCCGCGUGUACUCCAGGCUGCGACAUCGAGCACUGGGGUCCCCACUGCAGCAACCGCUGCCAGUGCCGCAAUGGGGCGCGCUGCAACCCCAUCACCGGCGCCUGCGUGUGCGCCGCCGGCUUCCAGGGCUGGCGCUGCGAGGAGUCGUGCCCCACCACCACCUACGGCUUGGGCUGCCAGCUGCGGUGUCAGUGCCAGAACGGUGCUACGUGUGACCACGUGACGGGCGAGUGCCACUGCCCGCCCGGCUUCACCGGUGCAUUCUGUGAGGAGGUUUGUCCUCCCGGGAGCCACGGAGCCCAGUGCGAGCUGCGAUGUCCGUGUCAGAACGGAGGCGUGUGUCACCACGUAACGGGAGAGUGCUCCUGCCCAGCGGGCUGGAUGGGGUUUGUGUGUGGUCAGCCCUGUCCACCCAGCAAAUACGGUAUAAAUUGCUCUCAAGAGUGCCAGUGCCACAAUGGAGGGCAGUGCGACCACAUUUCUGGACAAUGCCACUGCGCAGCAGGAUUCACCGGAGACAGGUGCCAGGAAGAAUGCCCCAUCGGCCGCUACGGGCUGGGCUGCGGCAAGCGCUGCGACUGCGCGAACGGCGCCAAGUGCUACCACGUGAGCGGCGAGUGCCUGUGCGAGGCGGGCUUCACCGGCACGCGCUGCCAGGACCGCGUGUGCCACGACGGCUUCUACGGCAUCGCCUGCAACGAGAUGUGCCCCUGCCACCCGGCCAACACGCUUAGCUGCCACCCAUGUCAGGGGAGUGCCAUGCAGCUGGGCUGGGCCGGCCUCUACUGCAACGAGACCUGCUCGCCUGGCUUCUACGGGGAAGCCUGCGCCCAGGUGUGCUCCUGCCAGAAUGGGGCCGACUGCCAGCACGUGACAGGCCGCUGCAUGUGUGCGCCCGGAUACAAGGGUGCGGAUUGCUCCCAGCCUUGUGACUCCGGGUCCUAUGGAGCAAAUUGCUCAUCCUCCUGCACCUGCAGGAACAAAGGUGUCUGCUCACCCAUGGAUGGGUCGUGCAUCUGCGGCAGUGGGUGGCAGGGCGUGGACUGCUCCAUCCCGUGCUCCAGCGGGACCUGGGGCCUUGCCUGCAACGCGUCGUGCUCCUGUGCCAACGGCGCGUCGUGCAGCCCGCUCACCGGGGAGUGCACCUGCGGUGCGGGCUGGCGUGGCGAACACUGCGACGUGCCGUGCCCUGACGGGACGUUCGGACUCGGCUGUCAGGAGCGCUGUGACUGCAGCCACGCAGAUGGCUGCGACGCGGAGAGCGGCACCUGCCGCUGCCUGGCCGGCUGGACAGCCCGGGAGAGCAAUGAACACAUGUUCUGGACCAUUUAUCCUGAACUCGAGUUCGAUGAAGAGCCACCGAUAACGACCCGGCUCAUCAUCAUGGAGAGCUCGAACUCCCUGAGCAAGGCGACGAGUGCGGCCGUGCCUACGGAGGGCCACUACGUGGUGGUGGUCGUGGGCAUCGUGCUGCUCAUCGUGCUGGUGCUGGUCCUCAUCGUCGUCUUCCUCUACCGCCAGCGGCAGCGCAAGGACAAGGGGCACGACGUGCCGGCCGUGUCCUACACGCCCGCGCUGCGCGUCGUCAACGGAGAGCCCCCCACGCUCGCAGUGGACCAGACUGCGCCCAAUGGACACGGACGACAUUACUUCUCAAACCCCAGCUACCACACGCUGUCUCAGAGCAGCAGCCCGCCACCUCUGAUGCCCAACAACUUGAGCAGAGGCGUCAACACCAAGCACUAUGUGGGCUUGAAAAACCACGAGCAGAAGCGCGGUGCAUGCGGGAUCAGCCACACCGCCACACUGCCAGCCGACUGGAAACGCGAGCGCCAUGCCAACGACAUGGGUACGCAUUCGAACGUGCUGAACGAAGCGGGCUGCAGUGCCAGCAACGCGUCCCUGAACAGCGAGAACCCGUACGCCACCAUCAAGGACCUGCCAGGCACCGAGAGCAACUAUGUGGAGAUGCGUUCGCCGGGGCACAGCGAGCCGGCGGGGGGCGGUGCGGCUCUGUGCGCCCAUGCAGCGUCCGCCAUGGCCAGCAGCAACGUCUAUGAACCUGAGCCCACCAUGACGCUGCCCGGUACAUACGGCAACGUCGGAGCAUUCGGACAGAGCCCGUACGACCUCCCAAGAAACAGCCACAUCCCCGGCCACUACGACCUCCUGCCGGCCCGCCUGAGCCCCUCCUCGUCUCCCUGCUCCUCGCCCGUUCACACCGAGUCCUCUCCCGAGGACGACGGCGGCGGCGGCGGCGGCGGUGGGGGCGGCAAGUCGUGA